UUCUGAGGCAGAAGAAAGAAUCAAUUCUCCAGACUAGUCGGCUGGUGUGGGUGUUCAGCUGGUUUGCUCUACCACCUCAUGAAGGUGGUCUUGAUCUCAUUUCCACAUGGCUUGUACUGAAAAUGGGCGUGGAGGUCAUAGCCGUUCAUCCAUAAUGGUACCUGUGGACAAAAAUGGAAGCAGAGAGGCUCAUCACAAUGUGCCGCUCCAGUGUCUGAAUUACAUGCAGAAGGAUGAUGAAGAUGAUGCAGAGAUCUGGGGCCACCCUCCUGUCUCCCUGAGACCCCCAUUCACAGUGGCAAGAGCAGGAGACCGCAUUCCUGAAAAUCCAAGAGCUCUGAGAUACCCUUUUACACUAACACCUGCUAUUGAGGAAGAGUUCCUAGCAACAGCAGAAGUAAACAGCUCAGAGGGCCUGGAGAGUCAGAGCAAGAAGGGACAUGAUUCAAUUAAUAUGUCCCAGAAAGUCUCUGGAAGUCCAAUGGCACUGAUGAUCGGAGGCCCAAGAGUUGGUAGUGGGGUUCUUGAGAGAAGUGGCAAUAGCUCAAAGCUAUUUAUGCCUGUGCCUAGAUCCCAAGAGUUCUUUCCACCAAGGGGCCCACAGACACGGGGCCCUUCGUAUGUCCCCAUCCUUAGAUCGGGGAUAAUGAUGGAGGUGACUCCAGGAAAUGGCAGAAUGUCAUACAAGGGCAGCCUGGCUCAUGUCUCUUUCCCACUGGGAAGCCCAAGGCACCCUAUGGAUAACUGGCAGCAGAGACCUCUCCAUUUGUCAAGCAGUGUUCCAGGCUUACCUUGCUCUACUGCUCAUUGCUUCAUGCCACCUCAACCUCCGGCAUUCAGUCCAUUUCCUGUGAUGCCUACUCCUUUUGCUUCUCCCCUGGGAUUUGGUCCUCCUCUGCCUUAUUUUUUUCAUUAUAACACUCGAGCAAUGCACCCCCCUCCAUACUUAAACUAGAGUGCUUGCAAGAAGUAAAUGAGAAAGAAAGGGGUUGGGAAAAGAGCUGAAAGCUACUAAUAUGUUCAUCAUAUAUAAAAUUCCCUACUCUCUUACACUUGGUUUAGCACUAACGUGCCUUAU